AUGUACAAUUUUGUAAAAAUAUUUCGAUCAAAUUUUAUAGAUGUAAAUACUUUAAAUAAGCUGGAGAUUUUUUUUAAAAACAUAUUCAGAAUAUAUAAAGCUCCUGGUAGAACUCAUCUGUUAGCUCAUGCAGCUGAUAUGUCAUCAGUAUAUGCAGUAAAAAAUAUUUAUAAUUAUAUGAAAGAUGAUGAAGAAGGAAAAUUAAUAUUAAAAGAGAAGCCUUUAUUAAUAAGACAAGAAGUUCAUUUUAAUGAAUUAAAAAAAUUACCUAGAAAUACAUUAGGAUAUAAAUAUAUGGAAUUUUUAGAAACAUGUAAAAUACAUGCUCAUAAUAGAGAAGUUGCUCAUUUUUUUAAUGAUGUAAACUAUUCAUAUAUAUUAACUAGAUACAGACAAAUACAUGAUAUAGCACAUGUAGUUUAUAAUUUAAAUAUAUCAAUUGAAUCAGAAGCAGCACUCAAAUUAAUAGAAUUGAUACAAACAAAAUUACCUAUAACACUUCUAGCAAUUAUAGUUGCACCUUUUAUGACCCCUUUAUAUCGCUUUCAGUAUAUUUUCAAAGAUAAAAUUCCCCCCAAAUUUUUAAGUACUGAUUUUGAUUUUACAUAUAAUGAUUUAUUCAAUUAUAUCGAUGAAUUGUCCAUUAAGCAAUAUGAUUAUGAUUUAACUGAUUACUUCCAUGUAGAUAAAAGAGAAGAUCCUCUUUUCUAUUCCAAAUUAUAUAAAUGCUAUUUUGAUAAUCUAAAUAAUUCUUCCUAUGUAAGAGGAUCUAUUAUGUAUGGCUUUGAAAAUAAAAGUACUAACGAUAUUUUUUACGAUAAAUUAAACAAUGAAUAUAUAUAUUUAAAAAAUAAUGAAAAAAAAUAUCUUCUUUUUCAAUAUAAACCGAGAAAAAUAUUAUUACAACAAUUAUAUCCAUGGGCAUACAAAUCAGGUAUAUCAGCAACAAAACCUUUACAUUCUAUUUAUGUUGAAAAAUGGCUAGAUAAGGAUAUUGAUUUAUUCAGAAAACAAUAUAAUAUAAUACCCCUUCCAUCACACUUAAAUUUAAUGGCUGGAAUUAACUAA